UGCCAGUCAAUUGGCCACCCGGAAGCCUGGUUCUCUGCUGUCUGUUGCAAUGAGUGGGGGAGUAACAGGAGCCCACGUAUCCUGGUGAGUUUCCUACACUUGUGGUUGUUUCAAACACAACCUGAAUGGUUCACCUUGGUGUGGCUCAGAGAUGUCAGAGAGGUGUACGGCUAUUCUGGCGCUGGAGUCAUUUCGUGUAGGCCAGUCUCCACCAGCUGCCUAUUAUAUCCCUGAUUUCAUCACCGAGGCAGAAGAAGGGCAUCUUUUGCAACAGGUUUAUGGAGCCCCCAAGCCAAAGUGGAUUCAGCUAUCUAGGAGGCGGCUGCAGAACUGGGGAGGGCUGCCCCACCCAAAGGGGAUGGUUCUGGAGAAGCUGCCCCCCUGGCUUCAGGCUUACACUGACAAAGUCUCCUCCCUUGGCGUCUUCGGAGGGAAGCUGGCGAAUCACGUCUUGGUGAACGAGUACCUCCCUGGGGAGGGGAUCAUGCCUCAUGAGGAUGGCCCGCUCUAUUUCCCUACGGUCACAACCAUCAAUUUAGGUUCUCACACCCUUCUGGAUUUCUACCAUCCUGUCAGCAGAGGGCAGCAAACAGAAGACAGAGAGGAGCCCACUCCCCAGUCCGAGGAGGAGCGCCACUUCCUUUCCUUGCUCCUGAAGCCCCGCAGCCUUUUGGUCUUGCAAGAAGACAUGUACAUACGUUAUUUGCAUGGAAUCCGCUCCGUCACAGAGGACACCAUUACGGAGAAAGUGGCCAACGUGGGCAUGUGCAGCUCUGAGCUUGGGGACACGUUGUGCCGGGGAACGAGGGUAUCGCUCACCAUCCGCCACGUCCCCAAAGUGCUGAAAACGUCCAUUGUGCUGGGCAAGAAGAAGUGACUCUUCGUGGGCGCCUUGGCAGAAGCUGGCGUGGCAGGGAACUCCUCUAUGGGCCAGAUUUCUCUGCGCAUAGAAAAAAGUCUUGUCAGGGUGGAGGGGGCUAGCCUGUCUCCUCCAAAUGCCAGUUUUGUAUGUUUACAGGGAUUUGGGAGGGGGGAACCUACGGAAGGGAACUCCAUGAUGUGAAGUCAUACCGCCCAGUCUCGAGUUUGUCCCUUCAUCGACGAGAACGAAACAUAAGAGAGAGACUCUGAAAUGCUGAUUCGUGGGAGGGCAGCUGCAAGCAAUUGCAAAUUAAUUCGUCAUAAAGAAAGAGCAAACUAGAGAGACAGGAAUAGUAGGCCUCGGAGGCAAAGGAGGUGGCCUGCAACAUUGCCUCUUCCGAUCUUCGGGGUGGCACAGCGGUUGCAACUUGUGCUAGGGAGAGCAAACACUGAAGCUUGUAUUCCCAGCAAGGAGGAGAAGCUGAAAAUCUGCAUUCCAAGGUUCUCUUCCACGGAAAGGAAAGGGAAGAGGCUGGAGAACUUGAGGGUCUCUUUCCAGCACUAGGAGGAGUCGGGGGGGGGGGCUGAGGAUACCGGGCACUUACUUCCUAUCCUAUUAUGGGAUCCUAUUAUGGGAAAGUGUUCUGAUGGGGAAAUCGGAGGAGUUCUUGGGUCCUUCUCCAAGCCCAGAUGAACUGUUUUUGUCCCUGUCUCCACAUGGCUUUUGAUUGGCAGAGCAACUUUUCCGGUGUGGCAUUUCCCCCCUCUGUGGUAUGUUCCACUGGAGAGGGCUAGUUUAAAGUACAAAAUAAAAAGGGCCUGACGGGCACGUUCUGACGUCA